AUGGUCCUCUCUUUCAUCUUGAUACAAAAUCGACAGGGAAAGACGCGCCUGGCCAAAUGGUAUGCGCCAUACAGUGAUGAAGAGAAGGUCAAGCUAAAAGGCGAGAUCCACCGCCUCGUCGCCCCCCGCGACCAAAAACACCAAUCCAAUUUCGUGGAAUUCCGCGGCUCCUCCAAAAUAGUCUACCGCCGCUACGCCGGUCUGUUCUUUUGCGCAUGCGUAGACGCCAAUGACAACGAACUCGCAUACUUGGAGGCGAUCCACUUCUUUGUCGAAGUGUUGGAUCAGUUUUUCGGAAACGUUUGUGAAUUGGAUUUGGUGUUUAACUUCUACAAGGUCUACGCCAUCCUCGACGAAGUCUUCCUCGCCGGCGAGAUCGAAGAAACAAGCAAACAAGUUGUCCUAACCCGACUAGAACACCUGGACAAACUCGAGUGAUGGAGGAUACCGAAGAAGGAUAAAGAGAAGGAAUUGCAAAAAUAUCGAUACCACGGGAACGCACAACAGGAGUUAUUGGAGUUUUCACACACACAUCAGCGGGAAAACAAAUUCGCAAAACAACUCAUCAUUGUUAUACUUAGGAAAUUGAGGUCUUAUCUCUGCAAAAAGAUGAUAGAGAGAUAUGCCUCAGUUGGCAUCGAAAAGUCAUCAUCUUGACCUUCGACGACCUUCAAAAGCAGAAAUGAAAAAAGCCUCGAGUUGAUAAAGCAACUAAAGCCGAAUGUUAAAAAAAGAUCAAAAAUGCAAGAGCUCGCUGUGCAAAAGUGCC